AUGCCGACCGCGAUUGUUGGUCUUGAAGAGCAGCACACCAAGAUCUUGCGAAUUGAUGAUCUUGUCGGAGGCGCCGUUAUUUACUCCCAUGACUUCGAAUCGGUUUCGCAAGUCAAUUCCACAACUACCUUAAUAUCUCAAAACGCAUUUUCUCGUUAUCCACUCGGCUUUUCCUGCGAGGUUGUCGUUCACGCGCCAAUCGAAAACGGGCGGAUUAUGCUCACAAUUAGCUCCUUUUUUAUACCCUCCAGUGAUCGAACCUGUAAAGAUGAUUUUCUUUAUGUUUUUGACUCCAAUACUGCCCGAUCAAAGGCUAUGGUCAAUUUUGUUGAACAGUCGUGUUCAGACUGCGAGGUUGGUGAGCUUAGAGCUGUCGAUCCAUUGUCUGGUUUGACACAAGCACUUUGUGGUGUAGGAGACCUUCACAGAUCCACCACACUCAGCGCAUCGUCCAGCGACGAGGAAAAUCCUGUCCGCCAGGAGGCGUCAACCGUUCUUCAAGCGUCAUUGCCAGAAGCCGGUGGCGAACAGGGUCUCUGCCUCUCUCAUUACCCCAAAAUACCCGUCGUCUCGUCUAGGUCCUACAUUUGCAUUGCAUUUCACACUUCGAAUGCACCGAUGCUGCGCUUUCCUCCAACCGAAACAAUGGUUCCAGGCUUUAAAAUCGUCGUCACGGCCUUCCAAGAAACUAAAACCGCAUCAUGCUCGAGCAGUCGGUUCUACUGUGGCGAAACGGCGGGUGGCGGCAGCAACAGCGGUGGACGUCAGACGGCACGAGGACCUUCUGUAGCAUCUUCCACCUCCACUGGCAUCUGCGUGUCAGAAAGCGUACGUUGCGACGGCGUCAUUAAUUGCCCAGACGGCAAAGACGAAUCCCCGUCGAUGUGCGAGCAAUUUGCAGCAGGAAGUUCUUUGGACGUAGACGGAGGAUGGCUUGCACAAUUCCUUUCGCUUGGUCUUGGCACCUCCGUCUCAAUUGUGUUGGUCGUGGCUCUAGUGCUGCUCUUCUGCGUGGGCUGCAUCAUCUGCGCGUGCUGCCACCGUGGUCGAUCAAGCACCAACGGCUUCAACGGAGGCCGCGCCACGGGGACGUCUGGUGGCGGCGGCGGCGUCGACUACGGCGGGGCUGGAACCGACAUCUCCGUGGCCGUCAACGGAAGCGGACACAAGCCUCCGGACAGCUUCCGCGCCAUGAUGCCUCCCUCGCAGCACCAGCAGCUCGUGCUGCCUCCGGCCAAGUCGGUAGGGGACCUGUACCCUCCACACCAACAACCGCCCAACUCACCCUUGGUCCAGAGUCGUCAGUACCCAACGCCACCGCCUUCAACCGCGUGGAACAUGCAGUCCGGCUGCUGUCCCACCCAAUGGUAUCCCACGCAGCAUCCACACCAACUUCAAGGUCAUCUUCCCGCUUUAGCAUCCGCAGAUCCUUCAAUCAUGUCUACCACUGACGCGUGUUGUUACCCAGCUGUCGCGACCACGAAUCCUCCCACAAAUGUUCCAACAUCCCUGCAACAGCAACAGCAACAUCAGCAACACCUCAUGCAGUCAACCCGCUAUCUCUACCAACAUCCUGAAGAUCCCGUAAGAGCCGAUGGAGGUAUCGUUUACCUGGGCGAAAUCGGUGGUGGUGGAUCUGGAAGCGGAGGUUCUCGGCUCGCAGCUGGGUCCCGUCGUCCACGAAGGCGUUCCUCUCGCGCUCUCGACACUCAGUCGUCUUCCAGUGUUGGUGGAGGACCAUCAACUCGCGACGCCCAAUCAGCUGAGGGCGCCCCUCGCACAACCAGUAACAGCUCUCUUUCAGUUGGCCACCCCUCGUGGUCAUCGAGUCGUGGCGCUACUGCAAAUAACCACGGUGCUGGCAAUAACGCCACUCGACACCAUCGCCACCGACGCCGUCGUCACGGCGGUAAUAAACAAUCCCACCACCGCCACCAACAGCACACAGAAACCAGCGAGAAGAUUGCUUUUCCGGUUGAACUAUAG